GUCCGCGAGACUGGCGCAGAGACGCGCGCUGAUUGGCCGGUGGCACUCGAAUGAUCAGUUCGGAACUCUGCAGAAGUACAAGUGAUGAAGAGUGACGCUUCUCUUUCUCAUCACACACUACCAUAAGAGUGUGUGAUCAAAGUGUCGCAGAGAGGUGCAAAGUAAGCAUCAGUCAGUCAGCGUUUGAUCAGUGAUGGGCGGCGGAGGACAGCAGACGGACCGGAUCACCGGUACCAACGGGAGGUUGGGCACUUACACCUGGGAGGAGGUGCAGAAACACACGAAGUCUGGAGAUCAGUGGAUCGUGGUGGAAAGACAGGUUUAUAAUGUGAGCCAGUGGGUGAAGAGACACCCCGGAGGACUGAGGAUCAUCGGACACUAUGCUGGAGAAGAUGCUACGGAGGCGUUUACGGCGUUUCAUCCAGACCUUCAGCUGGUGAGGAAAUACAUGAAGCCGCUGUUAAUCGGGGAGCUGGAGGCGUCUGAACCCAGUCAAGACUGCCAGAAAAACGCUGCUCUUGUGGAGGAUUUCCGAGCCCUUCGCGAGCGUCUGGAGGCUGAGGGGUGUUUUAAAACCCAGCCCCUGUUUUUCAUCCUGCAUCUGGGUCACAUCCUGCUCCUGGAGGUCAUCGCCCUGAUGCUGGUGUGGCACUUUGGAACCGGCUGGAUCAACACGGCCGUCGUUGCUGUUUUAAUGGCUACCGCACAGUCGCAGGCUGGAUGGCUGCAGCAUGACUUCGGUCAUCUGUCCGUGUGUAAAACCUCUCGGUGGAAUCACUUAGUGCACAAAUUUGUCAUCGGACACCUGAAGGGAGCGUCUGCGUGCUGGUGGAACCAUCGCCACUUCCAGCAUCACGCUAAACCCAACGUCUUCAAGAAGGACCCGGAUGUCAACAUGCUCAACGCGUUUGUGGUGGGAAAAGUGCAGCCUGUGGAGUACGGCAUUAAAAAGAUCAAGCAUCUGCCUUACAACCAUCAGCACAAGUACUUCUUCUUCAUUGGACCGCCUUUGCUCAUUCCGGUUUAUUUCCAGUUCCAGAUCUUUCACAAUAUGAUCUUACAUGGUCUUUGGGUGGACCUCGCGUGGUGUAUAAGUUACUACGUUCGAUACUUCCUGUGUUACACACAGUUCUACGGAGUGUUUUGGGCGGUGAUUCUGUUUAAUUUCGUAAGGUUUAUGGAGAGUCACUGGUUUGUUUGGGUGACCCAGAUGAGCCACAUCCCCAUGAACAUCGACUACGAGAAACACCAAGACUGGCUGAGCAUGCAGUUGGUUGCAACCUGUAACAUCGAGCAAUCCCCCUUCAACGACUGGUUCAGCGGACACCUCAACUUUCAGAUCGAGCACCAUCUCUUUCCCACAAUGCCUCGGCACAAUUACUGGCGCGCCGCUCCACACGUGCGAGCGUUGUGUGACAAAUACGGAGUCAAGUACCAUGAGAAGACCUUGUACGGGGCCUUUGCCGACAUCAUCAGGUCUUUGGAAAAAUCUGGAGAACUCUGGCUGGAUCGUACCUCAACAAAUAAAAACCUCCACUUCUGUUUGCAUUUAAAAAAUAAAUAAAAAGCUGAGCAGAAU